GGCUUUCUUGCUUCUGUUUGGCUUCUUAGCCUUGGGUUCUUCAAAAAAAAAAAAAAAAAAAAAAUAGCCCCCAUCUUCUUUAUCUUCUUGACUGCCCAUGGCUUACCCGUCAACCAGAAUUAGUGUCAUGGACCAUGCCAUUCCCUGCAAUCCCUGCAUUUCCCUUUCUAUCCACCUGAAACCGCCACCCUUCCGCCAAAUCAGUUGGCCAAACACCGUCACCCACCACUCCAACAUAACCAAAUGGCGUCGCAACACGACUUCCGAGCUCCAAACUCCGGUGGCUGUCACCGACCGAACCGGUGACUGCUCUCCUUCAGUUCCCACACACAAAGUCACCGUUCACGACAGACAACGAGGAGUCUCCCACCAGUUCCUCGUCCCCGAGGACCAGUACAUAUUGCACACAGCAGAGUCGCAGGACAUCACGCUUCCAUUCGCUUGCAGGCACGGUUGUUGUACCAGUUGUGCAGUACGCGUAAAAUCUGGAGAACUUAGACAGCCUGAGGCACUAGGAAUUUCUACCGAAUUGAAAUCAAAGGGCUAUGCACUUCUCUGUGUGGGUUAUCCAUCAUCUGAUCUUGAAGUAGAAACGCAAGAGGAGGAUGAGGUAUAUUGGCUUCAGUUUGGCAGAUAUUUUGCUCGGGGACCAAUUGAAAGAGAUGACUAUGCAUUGGAGUUAGCUAUGGGGGAUGAAUAAGCAAUGUAGAGUAUUGGCUUUGGAGUUGCGACCUACUGAUUAAUCAUGGAUGUCGUAUUUUGUUUGCUUGCCCAGAACGGUAUCUUUCCAUCUUCAUGGACCUUGGUUUAUGUACCAUCUUUUCCACUGAGUGUACAUCCAAUGCUAAGUAUGGUCGUUGCCUAGGUAAUGUUCUCUUAUACUUGCUUUGCUGUUGUCAUUGUUUUUUAGCUUGGAUUGAACAAGGCCAUGUGUGGCUUGAGUCAAUUAUCUAGGAUGUUCUCUAUGUAAUCAAUUGUUAUGCAAUACAAAUUAUUUCUUUGCUCGAUGACAAGAAUGAAUGAUAGGAGAUCACUUGUCAAUGUAUCUAUCAAAAAUGCUAUUCUGAAAA